UAUUACAGAUUUAAACUAAAAGCGAUCAAGAUUGGGUUCAGGUUGAUGCUCAGUCGCAUACCAGAUACUCUCUCUCUCUCUCUCUCUCUCUCUCUCUCUCUCUCUCUCUCUCUCUCACACACACACACACACACACACACACACCAGAUCGAUAGUGCUUUUGGGUGGAGUUCAUUCUGAAGAUGUAAAAUGCUCAUUUUGUAGUGGUCCUAGCUAGCUCCAAGAUGUGGAAUUUUGCAUCCAACUGUCUGGCUGGAACUAGAGGGCUCAAGAAUGAUGUACUGAAACCUACACAAAAUUCAACGGAUUGCUCUGAUGACGAAGCUUCUUCCCAUACUAGCAGAGAGGAAGGUUUGGAAUGUCCGAUAUGCUGGGAAUCUUUUAACCUUGUUGAAAAUAUACCAUACGUUUUGUGGUGCGGGCACACACUAUGCAAAAACUGCAUCCUAGGACUACAGUUUGCUGUUGUGAAAUUUCCCACUCUGCCUCUUCAGCUCCCACUCUUUAUAUCCUGCCCCUGGUGCAACCUCUUAUCACUUCGUCUAGUUUAUAGGGGGAACCUGAAAUUUCCUCGUAAGAACUUCUUCCUUCUGUGGAUGCUCGAGAGCAUGAACGGUGAUAGAGUGAACCCUCACUCCACCAACUGUGGGGAUCAUCAGGGUGUUUGUCCAUCGAGCACUAGAUCACUAGGAAGCUCAGUUGGGAAUACAGAGAGAAGCACCAAUCAUUUCCAUCUUUCUGAACAAUCAGGCUCAAGUCUUGAUGGAAGUCAGUUCAACAGCUAUCAUCCCUUGGAAAGGCUGCAUUUGUCCCUCAGAAAGUCCCUCGUUUUCUUCGUUCAUCUGACGGCCAAAUUCCCCCUAGUCAUCUUUUUCCUUCUCAUCAUAUUGUACGUAAUACCAGCCAGUGCCGCCAUCUUAGCCCUGUACAUAGUCAUCACUAUCCUCUUCGCCCUUCCAUCUUUCCUCAUUCUGUACUUUGCUUAUCCGAGCUUGGAUUGGCUUGUGAGAGAGAUCGUCACUUGACAAAUCCUCUCCUCGUUUUCCUUUUCCUUUUGGAGUAUGCAAUCCAUCCCUCUAUGAAUCUUUCCACAAUGCCAAGUCAAAUAAUACUGUUUCAGGUUAGAACUUCCUAGAUUCCUGAGUUAGUGUUUACGGCAGUGACCUUUAUUUGUUGGGUGCUUUUGUCCUGUUUGGGUGGCUGUGCAGUUCUGUUCUGUUUAUCGGCACCCUUUAGUCGAAAGGCUGUUCAAGCUUUUUCUAGUAGUAUGGUGUGGGUCACUUCCGUGCCUGGUGCUCGUACAAUGGCCAUAGGUAGUCUCUAGAAGUGUCAUCUGUGUAUAUAUUUGUGGCCGGUGGCUUUAGCUAUGAAUGAUGGCUGAUUUGGACGAUGGGCUUUCUUGGUUUUAUUUUGUGAUUUUCUCAAGUUAUUACCUCUAUUUGGAACUCAUGUACUCAAUUAUUUUGUGUACACAAGUUAGGAGAAUUCUCUCAGUUUUAGAGCUA